AUGUGGAGCUUCGCAGCGGUAGCGGCAACUUCACGCAGGCAGACGUCUCCCGCGCGUCAAUCGGCGGCAGGUCACAUGACCUCUCCUGGAACAAUUUAUCUCGGCCGGUCUCUCACCACCACCAACUAUCGACUCGAUAAGAAACAACAAUUCAACAACCAACAUGGCGUCGACGCUGUGCUCGCGGACUCUGCUCCGCAGUCGAAUGAUUGUCAUCCCCAAACCCACAAUCAGAGUCCGACAACCUGUCCGCGUACGACAAUUCUCAACAAUCCGACCUACCACCACCACCUCUCCAAUCCGCUCAUCCUCAUCGCCAAUCCUCUCCAAACUCUCUACAAAUACAUUCGCAAAGCAGUUAACCCGAAAAUUCUCUUCCACCCCCUCUACACUCGCAACAUACAACCAAGUCCGCCGCGGCUGCCGCAAAGAACAACGAGCGCGCCGCGGCCGCUCACCCGCCCUCGCCAAUCGGCCUGA